GAAAUGUAGUCAGAGCGCAGCUCAGGAGGCGGAAGUGAGGUUACAGCAGCAGUCUGCUCCGUCCAUGUUAUUAUUGUUAUUUUGGCUGUGUGAUGGUUCACGGCGGAGCGCGCGGACGGCGGCCAGCCCGGGUUUUCUCCGGUUACCAGCGCACACGGGAACGGCUAGCAGGACACGCGUUACACCGUCCCGUGAGGGUUUGAUUUGCGACGUUGACAAUACGCGUAAACGUUGCGGUGCGCAGCGCUCGCCUCGGACUGUCUUUAUUAUUGACACGGCAACAGACAUGAACGGCAUUACCAAGAGCAGAUUUGAGGUGUUCUCAUUCAGUGAUGAGGCCCCAAUCAACAAAAAACUUCCCAAAGAGCUUCUGCUCAGGAUUUUUUCCUACCUGGAUGUAGUUACAUUGUGCAGGUGUGCUCAAGUAUCCAAGGCAUGGAAUGUUCUCGCAUUAGAUGGAAGCAACUGGCAGAAGAUCGAUCUCUUCAACUUUCAGACAGAUAUUGAGGGUCGUGUGGUGGAAAACAUCUCAAAGCGAUGUGGAGGUUUUCUGAGGCAGCUCAGUUUAAGGGGCUGCCUCAGUGUAGGAGAUGCCUCUAUGAAGACCUUUGCUCAGAAUUGUCGCAACAUUGAGCAUUUGAACCUUAACGGUUGCACAAAGAUCACAGAUUCCACCUGCAUCAGCCUUAGUAAGUUCUGCUUCAAACUCCGCCACCUCGACCUGACCUCCUGCGUGUCCAUCACCAAUCAUGCACUUAAGGCUGUAAGUGAGGGCUGCCGUAUGUUGGAGAAUCUGAACUUGUCCUGGUGUGAUCAGAUCACGAGUGAUGGCCUUGAGGCUCUUAGCCGUGGUUGCACAGGUCUCAGAGCUCUGUUCCUAAGAGGCUGCACACAGCUUGAUGAUACAGCACUUAAGCACCUUCAAAAGCACUGUCCCGAACUCACGACAAUCAACAUGCAGUCAUGCACGCAAAUCACAGACGAUGGCUUUGUGAGUUUGUGCCGAGGCUGUCACAAACUGCAGAUGGUGUGUGUGUCGGGCUGCAGCAACAUCACAGACGCCUCUCUCACCGCCCUCGGCCUGAACUGCCAACGGCUCAAGAUCCUGGAGGCUGCUCGCUGCUCACAUGUUACUGAUGCUGGUUUUACAAUUCUUGCCAGAAAUUGUCAUGAAAUGGAGAAGAUGGAUUUAGAGGAAUGUAUUUUGGUAACUGAUAACACACUGGUUCAGCUCUCAAUCCACUGCCCUCGGCUGCAGGCGCUGAGUCUGUCUCACUGCGAGUUGAUAACGGAUGAUGGAAUCAGGCACCUGAGCAGCAGUGUUUGCGGUCAGGAGCGUCUGCAGGUCGUAGAGUUGGACAACUGCCCUCUGAUCACAGAUAUCACACUGGAACAUCUCAAGAGUUGCCAACGUCUAGAACGCAUAGAGCUCUAUGACUGCCAGCAGGUCACCCGCGCGGGCAUCAAACGCAUCCGGGCUCACCUUCCUGAGAUUAAAGUUCACGCCUACUUUGCACCGGUCACACCCCCUCCUUCAGUGCAUGGUGGUGGCCAGCGUCUCUGCCGAUGCUGUGUCAUACUCUGACAGAAGGAGGGGCCUCAUAGUGAUGACACAGAAAGUCGAGCUCCCCCUGCUCCACACUACUAUGAGACUCUGUGUGGGGUUGUGGCUAUAGGAGGCAUCGCUUGAUCACCGAGCGGUUGCCUGGCAACAGGAUGGACCCGAAAAAAUAAAUACAAUGCAACGUGACAUAUAAAUACUACGUACAUACGAUACCACCUACUGGAUAUACAAGAAGAAAAUCAAGGAGCUACCAUGUAAAAUAUUUCAUAUUUGGAUAUAUAAAAAAAGACAUCUGAGGAAGUGCUUAAAGCAUUAUGGAACUAUUGAAUGAAUGAAGGCACACUGAAUGCCACCCUGUAAACUAAACAGUGUUUACGCCUCGCUUCUCCUCAACCGAUAGGAAUGCGUUUUCUCACGACGAGAGAACCGAAAGAAAAACAGGAGGAUACAAGUCACUUCUGGAAUUCUGCAAGAUACACUUCCCAUUGAUUGAUCAUGUGACUUUCUCAUACACGGGAGCAGGACGUUUGAGUGUUUUUGUCUGGUUUGUGUGUGAGUGCAAAAUAAAUAUAGAAAAUGAAAUAUAACACUAAAACAAAUCAAUCCAUAUUAAACCUGGAGUAAAAUGGCUUUUUCUGUUAGUGCUCACCUUAAUUUUGAAAUGAAAAAUAAUAUUAUGAAUGUGAGCGAAUAAGGGAAGAGAGAAGGACCGAGAUUAAGUUUUUUAUUUAGUUCCAGGUUGGAAUUAAAUUAAAGUCAAGAAUGAUGUGAAUGUUAAGUUUUAGAUAAUAAACGAGGGUGGGAUACAUCAGGAAUAGAUUAACUUUUGAAUUUCGCAAUGUUUCUGUGCAAUAUUAAAAACCCAGGCAUAUGUAAUUGUGGUAUAUGACAAGAUUCAUAACACUCCUUAUUCAGACAUAUUCUUGGCAAACGACUUCAAAUAUUCUCAUGGCAUAGCGUCUCUGCUUUCAUAGCCAAACCCUGUGUCUUCGUUACUUUAUAUUUACUUCCAACUACAUGCCAUUGAGCUUAUAGAUCAGAUCUCAAAAUUUGACAGUAGCAAUUAUUCAAGACAAAAUUAUUGACUUUUUCUAAUGCAGCUGUAACUGUCAGAUGGUUUAAUGCCUAACAUUGCAUUUUUGUCUAAAUACAUGUUGAGUCUUGCAGAUGCUGAGUGCAUCAUCUAAUCGAUGGAUGUUAUUUGGUUCGAGUGCCUUUGAUUGUGCAUUUGAGGGAAGGGGUGAAAUUACAGCCACAGAAAUGAUUGACUCAGGGUUGGGGUGUAGUCAAUUUUUUUUCCCAUUUAGUUGGUUUUUACUGUUGGAUAUGAGCAUAAUGUUGAUACAUCAGUGAUUCCAGUAAUCCUCAUCUCAAUCAUGCACCCAAUGCUAAAAAUGGAAAGUGACAAGUAAGAAGUAAAGUUUGUUGUGUAUUCGGUUGCUCUCUUUCUCUCCCAUAUUUCUUUAUUGACAAAGAUAAAUCGUUACCUGAAUGUCCUUGUGUUGGUUGUUAAUGUGACAUUUCUUUAAAUAAAAUGUCUGAGCAGUGUGUCACAUUA